AUGACUGAGUCAAGCGAACCGGUAAUCCAACAGAUAGAACCACCCACCUCAAAAACCAACCAGAAAACCACAAACGUACCCUUGUUCGACAUGCCUCAAAGUCUUGGUCCGCCAAGAGAGACACCACAACCCAGAGCUAUGGCAACCCCUAGCCAGGGCCAGGGUAUCCCAAUUCCAACCAGUGCCUCACUAGCACGAUUGGGGGCACAGUUCUCACCCGACCAGAUGCGCACAGCCAUAGAAGUCCUGACCUUCCUUACUCAAACAAGAUCACGAGCCCAGGUCUUGAGGACAGCCCCAGAGGUUGAGGUUGAGCAGAGGAGAAAACGUCCCAGACCCCAAAACAGUCCGAACGUUUGGAGGAGGAAUCUGCAGCAGGAGAUGGAAGGGGCUGACAGCCAAGAAUAUGAGGCAGAAAGUAUCACGCCAAGCAGAGCUCAACCCCGAGCAAGGACCGAACAAGCACCCAGUCAGAGGCACCACUCCGGGUCAAGUAUGCCAAAUCCCACCCGAGCAAUAGUUAAGCCUGAUAAUUCCCCCUUCUGUGAUGAAAUACUCUCUGAAAAAAUGGAAAAGAUAAAAAUGCCCACCUGCAAAUACUCCGGAAAGUCAGACCCAACAAAUCACCUCUCUGCCUUUGGGGGACACAUGAUGCUAUAUACCAACACAGACUCUAUGUGGUGUAAGGUCUUCCCUUCCACUCUGGAGGGGAUAGCACAGAGCUGGUUUGGUAAAAUACCCAAAGGCACCAUAACCUCUUUCCGGCAGUUAGCUAUCUUGUUUCGCACCCAAUAUGUGGCAAACAUUGCCAGAGAAAGGAUGACAGGGGAGCUGAUGUCAGUCAUCCAAGGGCCUCACGAAUCUCUGAGGGAAUACAUAUCCAGAUUUAAUAUGGAGGCGUCGAAUAUACCCAAGUUACAGCAAGAGGUAGCAGUCCUGGCUAUGAUGACUGGUCUGCGGGAUGGAGAAUUCAAGAGCUAUCUGGGCAGAAAGUCAUUCACAACCCUGGCAGAGGUGCUGGGAAAGGCAAAUGAAUUUAUAAAAAGUGAAGAGAUUGGCAGAGCAACCUCACGAAGAUAUGUGGCAAAGGAGUGCACUCACUUGAAAGAUAACAUUGAGGACCUGAUCCGAAGGGGGUACCUAACACAAUUUAAAGCAAAAAGCUUGUAUAGCAGGACCUACGAAAACAGGGAUGAUGAUGGUCGAUUUGAUAACAGAAAGACAGAGCAAAAGCAGAACCACCCAGCAGAUCAGAAGAGGUCGAAUGAUAUACUGGUCAUAACAGGAGGACCAGUUUACGCCGAUACUACAGCCAGCAGUGCUAAGGCCAGUGUGAGCGAAUUUAAACACCAGGUUAAUUACCAUAACUCAGGAAAAUGGCCUGCCCCUCCAAAAAUCCCACAGUGCACCUUUGCGGAAGAUGAUUGUAAGGGCAUAAUUUAUCCCCAUGAUGACCCAAUGGUGUUAGCUCUGGAUGUGGCUAACAGAAAAAUCCAUCGAAUCCUGAUAGACGGAGGCAGCUCUGCAAACAUUCUAUUCUGGCCAGCUUUCCAAGAGCUGCAGAUCGAAGAAAAACACGUAAAACCAGUUAACUACCCAGUAAUUGGCUUCACAAGGGCAACGGUGAUACCAGAAGGAAUAGUCAGCUUACCUGUCCAAAUUGGGCAGGGGAAAGAUAUCAAGGAUGUCAUGGUUGAUUUCAUGAUAGUGAAAGUACCUGCAGCAUACAACGCCAUUCUGGGCAGACCAUUUAUCCAUGAUGCAGGAGCAGUGGUGUCUACUUAUCACCUCACCAUGAUGUACACAACGAAUGAUAACAGAUCAGCUAAGGUCAAGGGAAAUCAAGAGCAGGCCAAGAGAUGCUACCACACAGCCCUGAAACAGCCACCCAGACCCCCACCCCUGGCAGAGGCAGAAAUUCCCUGGUCCAGAAAGAGAAAGAGAGUAGAGCGUAAAAAAGACGCACUACUGGACAUGGAAAAUUUUGAGCAUCGUGAAGAAGGACUGUUAAAGCCAGCCCCAGCAGAAGGAACAGAGGAGAUAGAACUGGAAGAAGGAGUAGAGGAAAGAACAGUCCGAAUUGGCACAGAUAUAGACCUUUCCCUGAGAGUAAAUAUCAUCGGUCUGUUGCGAGAGCACGCGGACAUAUUUGCUUUCUCUGCUGACGAAAUACCAGGGAUUGAUCCCAGCGUCAUGGUCCACAGGUUGAAUGUUAACAGAGAAGUCAGGCCAGUAAAACAGAAGAAAAGAACUUUUUCGACAGAGAAAAAUGUAGCCAUCCAGGAAGAGAUCAGCAAACUGCUGGCAGCCAAAUUCAUGGAAGAGUGUGACUACCCAGAAUGGUUGGCUAACGUUGUGAUGGUAAAGAAAGCGAAUGAUCAAUGGAGGAUGUGUGUAGACUUUGCAGACCUAAACAGGGCUUAUCCGAAGGAUUGUUACCCGCUACCCAGGAUAGAUCAACUGGUGGAUUCCACCAGCGGGCAUGCCCUGCUGAGUUUCAUGGAUGCCUUUUCGGGUUAUCACCAGAUCAGUUUGUUAGAAUCAGACCGGAAAAAAGCCGCCUUCAUUACAGACGCUGGAGUUUACAACUAUAGGGCUAUGCCGUUUGGUCUAAAGAAUGCAGGGGCCACAUACCAGAAACUGGUAGAUAAAAUAUUCGCAGGACAAAAAGGCCGAAACGUGGAAGUGUAUGUAGAUGACUCCAUAGUCAAGAGCAAAAAGGAGGCUGAUCACAUUGAAGAUCUGAAGGAAACUUUUGCAACAUUGAGGCAAUUUGGUAUGAAGUUAAACCCAAAAAAAUGCGUGUUCGGUGUUAAGUCCGGAAAAUUUUUGGGGUUCCUGGUCAGUGAAAGAGGAAUUGAUGCCAAUCCAGAAAAAGUAGAGGCCAUACUCAACCUACCAGAACCAAAAAACAUACGAGACAUCCAGAGGUUGACUGGGAAAAUGGCAGCACUCACCAGGUUCAUUAGCAAGUCCGCGGAUAAGUCCCUUCCUUUUUUCCAGGUGCUAAAGGGAAAUAAAACGUUUAAAUGGGAAGAAGAGCAAGAGAAAGCAUUCAAGGAGGUGAAGAACCACUUGAAAAGCCUCCCAACCAUAGCCAGACCAGAAGUGGGGGACAUAUUGCAGCUAUACAUCUCUGCCUCCAAGAAAACUGUAGCAGCAGCUCUGGUAGUCGAGAAAGAUAAAAUCCAGCAGCCAGUUAAUUUUGUCAGCCACAUCCUCAACCCUGCAGAACAGAGGUACCCCCUUAUUGAAAAAAUGGCCUUUGCCAUCAUGAUAGCUGCCAGGAAAUUGAAACCAUACUUUGAUGCACAUAAAGUGCAAGUGUUAACCAAUCAACCUUUAGAAAAGUCAUUGCAAAGGUUAGAUACCUCUGGUAGACUCCUGAAAUGGGCAGUGGAACUCUCAGAAUAUGACAUCGAGUACAAACCCAGAACCGCCAUAAAAGCACAGGCACUGGCAGAUUUCAUAGUGAAGGCAUCGUACGAAGAGGAGGAAGAGCCAUUGGGGACUUGGCAGAUCUCGGUAGACGGCUCCGCGGCAGUCACAGGGUCGGGUGCAGGUAUCAUAAUGGUAUCACCAGAAGGCAACGUUUUCGAGUAUGCUAUAAAAUUCAAAUUCAAAGCUUCAAACAAUGAAGCAGAGUAUGAGGCAGCAAUUGCAGGAAUCCAGAUGUGCAAAGCAGCAGAUGCUAAGAAAAUAGUGCUCAAAACCGAUUCACAGCUGGUGGCCAGCCCAUAUAGAGGUGAAUAUGAAGCCAGAGAACCGUCUAUGCAGAGGUACUUGGCCUUGAUGAAAGAGGCAGUAGCCCAGCUAGAAAGCUUUGAGAUUCAACUGGUUCCCAGGGCAGAGAAAAAUCAAGCAGACGCCUUAUCCAAGUUAGCAAGUUCGACGUUACAGAACUUGGAAAGAACAGUGAUGGUAGAGGUCCAGGAAGAAAAGAGCAUUGACAAAAAGCCUGCAGUUAACUUCAUUGACACUGAGCCACAGUGGUAUGACAGUAUAGUCUCAUACAAGCUGGGAAGGGGCCUUCCCACAGCAGAGCAAGAGCAGAAAAAAGUAAAACGAAACGAGCAUUGGUUCGUCAUUUACCAGGGUAAACUGUACAAGAAAUCCUUUUCCUUGCCUCUGCUGAGAUGUGUAUCAACAGAGGAGUCGCAACGAGUCAUUGAGGAAAUACACGAGGGAAUCUGUGGAAAUCACAUAGGUGGCAGGACAUUAGCCUUGAAAGCUCUCAGAGCAGGAUACUAUUGGCCAACCAUGGUAAGUGAUUCUCAAGCAUAUGUUAAAAAGUGUGACAAGUGCCAAAAAUUCGCCCCAGUGAUCAACCAGCCCUCUAAUGACUUACAGCCAAUCAUCAACCCCAUACCAUUCGCCCAGUGGGGAAUGGAUAUCCUGGGACCAUUCACAGCAGCAAGUGGAGGAAGAAAAUUUAUGAUCGUGGCAGUUGACUAUUUUACUAAGUGGAUUGAGGCAGAGCCCACUAAAAGCAUAACAGCCAAGCGGAUGAAGGACUUCAUCUGGAAGAACAUUGUGACAAGGUUCGGCAUCCCAGAAAGUUUAGUCUUCGAUCAUGGAACACAGUUCGACUGCACUCCUAUAAAGGAUUACUGCGCUGAACUAAGAAUAAAAUUCGCAUACGCAUCUGUAUGCCAUCCCCAGAGCAAUGGUCAGGAAGAGGCAGCAAAUAAACAAAUCCUGGGAGCACUGCGAAAGAAGGUAGAAGAUUUUAAGGGUGCAUGGGCCGACCUUAUUCCAGAGAUCUUGUGGUCCAACAGGACCACUGAAAACGAAGCAACAGGGGAAAGUCCUUACAAACUAGCUUUUGGGGCUGAGGCGGUCCUGCCUAUCGAAGUGGGUCUACCUAGCUUUAGAGUGCAGUACUAUGAGGAAGGCACUAAUGAGCAGCGUAUGAGGGAAGCAUUAGAUCUCUUACCAGAGGUCAGGCUGCAAGUAGAGCUCAGGUUGGCAGCGAACAAAGAAAAAAUGAGCAGGGCAUAUAACAAGAGGGUAAAGCACAGACCUAUGCAAGUGGGGGAUCUGGUCCUCAGAAGAACAGCUGCCACUGGAAAGGGAAAGGCAGAAGGAAAAUUCACUGCCAACUGGGAAGGACCUUACCAGAUCACAAAAGAGGUAGCCCCAGGCUCGUACCAUCUAAUGAAGAUGGAAGGAAGAGAAUUGAAGAACAGCUGGAAUGCCAACAUGCUAAAGAAAUACUAUGUAUAG